UCAGGACAUUUGCGCGUGCACGGUACAUGAGAUAUCUAUGGAAGUCUGCCUUGCCGUCUUUUAACAGCAGUCAACCCCCAUUCCCAUUGUUCGGCAAAGAUAUCAAGUCCACUCCGCUACUCCAUCUGAACGAGCACAAGUCCCACGAUACCUUGAUGAAGACUGGCGGUGGGGUUGCUGAUC